AUGAAUCACAAUCCGAGGUCGCGCAAAGGUGAUAUGGUUUUCCCUCGACCCUGUAUUCAUCGUGAACGUGCUGUUGUGAAUUAUCUGGCAGGCCGAGACUCUCGUAUCAUCAGCAUGGUGGUUGCGGAAGUUCCCCUGUGGGUUAUGCACAGCAGCAACGCGAGUUCCAAUACUACUCUGGACGGUGCCAGCGGACUCGCAACUGGUGGUCCUUUCAACAAGCUUUCGGAUGGACAUUUUUCCCGUCACCAUCAUUUCGAGCACAAGGCGGCUUCUUCCUUGGCCUUGUUGGACUCGGCGUCGGGAAGGGCAAGAAAGUCUGCCAUUUACGCCGUAGACGUCCAUCCCGACGGCCGAAUCUUUGCGACAGCGGGAGGCGACUGUGCGGUCCGAAUUUGGAAUACACAGGCCUUGUUUGCUCCCAAAAACAAGGGCGGUAGCUUUGCUGUGGCAGGUUCUUCGGAUCCGACCGGCAAACCCAACAAUGCUACCACAACCUACGUGAGCACGAGUGCCUCGUCGGGACCGGAAGCCUCGGAAAGUAGCGCUGGGGAACAAGAAAGUGACGUUGGUCCCCGGGACGAAAUGGUUCACGAUCUUAAUAGUUUCGUCCGUCGCAAAAAAGACCCCACAGUGAACCAAUCCUCGGCGGUACCCGCCGAGACGACGAAAUCAUCUACUGCAUCCGGGCAGUCGGUAGCGGACUCGUCUCCUGUUCGCCCCUCGACGCACAAAAGAUCGCACCAUCAGCAUCGUUUACUAUGUACAUUGUCCGCACAUUCCGGUUCAUCGGUACUGGCGGUGCGAUUUUCAAGUACCGGAACCUAUUUGGCUUCGGCGGGGGAUGACGGUUGUGUGUGUAUCUACACUCACAACGAGGACACGGAGGGUAACCUGACCCAAGAACCGUCACCGCACGACGAGCACUGGUCUCGGAUCAAACUUUGCAGGGGACAUGGCUUGGAUGUUGUGGAUUUGGCUUGGGCACCGGACGAUUCAUACCUAGUUUCCUGUUCGCUGGAUUCCGAAACACCGAUCAUUGUGUGGAAAACGACUCACUUGGGAUCUUCUCGUCGAGCCAACGCAACGAGUAUGAUACUGAAUCCAUUCAAGGUUCUCGGUAGAAAAGAACACACGAGUACGGUCAAGGGAGUUUCUUUCGAUCCGGCAGGAUCCUAUUUUGCGUCCUCGGGUGAUGAUCCAGCCGUCUGCGUCUGGCGCGCGCACGAUGAUUGGGGUUUGGAAACCAAGAUUGACGCUAGCAGCGGUAUCUUUCGGCGCUGGAAAGAAGACGAUACUAUGGCCCUGUCUUCGCAAAGUCUUUUCCGCCGAAUUAGUUGGUCAACUGAUGGAGCAUUCUUGUGUUCCACUAAUUCGGUAGUGAAGAACAAGCACGUGGCGUCCACUAUUAGUCGCGAUGGGUGGAGUGUGAGUAGUGCGUCUUCGGCGGCAGCGGGAGCGGCCAACCUAGUGGGGCAUAAGCAACCAGUGGUCGUCAGCCGCCACGCGUCGCAGCUGCUGAGUGCACGCAAAGCCAAUGUUUCAGGAGGCCAAAACGGUGACGACGACGAAGAACCCGAUUACGCAACUCUGUUGGCACUCGGCGACAAGCGAGGCUUCGUAACGAUCUGGAGUACCAAGAAAUCACGUCCGAUUUUUAAACUUCAAUGCAGUGAAAGUCGCAGUACGGUCACUGACAUGGCCUGGGGUUCCUUACCAAGAGGGGAUCUGAUGCUUUUAGUAACAUUUUUGGACGGUCAGGUUGUGGCCCUGCGCUUUGAAGUACCCAGUGAGUUGGGAAAUUUGUUGAGUAAAUCUGAACGGGCACGCGUAUUUCAGCUCAGGUACGGUAUCGAUGUGAACGAUGUGGAAACUUUUGGACAGCGCCAUCUAUUUACAGGAGCAAGCUCAGGUCCUAACCUGAUCGAAAACGCUUUGCAAAUGACGUUGGAGCACACUCAUACUGGAAUAGACGAUAUGGACGAUGAUACCUCGACACCAGGUCCGGAACCAGAAGAGAGAUUGAAUGACCUGCAAGCGGUUUCAAUUCGUUCGAAACAGAAGGAAAGCCUCUCGAAAGGAAAGAAGCGCAUUCAACCAGUUCUUAUGGCUGUUACCAGCAAGAAAACGAAGCCAGGAGCCGAACUUCUCAAGACCAAAGCCGUCGAGCCAAACCAAUCCAUCGAUCCUUUGCAGAAUGCUAUUGAUGCAGCCAGCAAGGCCUCAGCCGCCAUGGCAACCGCCGAUUCCACCAAGCGCGACAUUACUGUAAACGCUGCUCCCAUGGAUGGCCUGUCCGGAACAGCGCAGUCAAAUUCCGCUCGGCCAUCAGUGCGACCCAAUGGACCUAGCUCUUGGAUGGGAACAAUUCUGCCGCACAGCUCCGAACGGAUCCAUUCUCUGGAUCUCCCGCUUCUUGGUUUACAGUCAAUGGAUGUCACCACAGGAUUCGCAGAGCCAUGCGUCGCCGAAUGCACCAACUCGGUCAAAUUACCGGUGGGGUCACGGACAACAUCAAUUCCAUGUGUCGAUGUAGCAUUAUCUCGUGAUGGCAAAAUAUCGUGGAAGGAUCAAAUCCCUGGUACAUCAUGCUCGGCCAUUGCGGCCAGUACCACGUUAAUGGCUGUCGGAACAACGGAUGGAUGCCUACAAUUGUAUGGCACAUCUCCUACGAUCGGUUGGACAUGUGGUCAGAGCUUUCGUUCUCAUCCGUCGUUAGUUCUUGGGCAUCCCAUUGUCUCAUUGCAACUUCAAGAGACGCAGGGGGAAGACGACGAAAUCUUUGCUACUUUGCUCACCUUAACGGGAGAUGGUACAUUUGCCGUCUACUCUGUUCUUCCAGUAUUGCAACUACAAUUCAAAGGAUCUGUUAUGCCGGCGAUGUCACACAUGGCUUUGGGUACAUCGUUGACGUCGGAGCAACAUUCGAUAAAAAUUUCCAGAAUACAAAUUACUGAAACCAAUCGUGUAUUACUGCUUCUAUCGCUACAGACAGUUGACAACGCACAGCUUCGAGGCGGAUUGCGGGGGACUACUCAAAUUGACGCAGGGGUUGGUGGCUCGUUGCAAGCGUUUGUCUUCGACCAAAAGGCCGAACUUUGGAUGAAGGCGGCGGACAACCGCUUUGUCCUUUCCGACUUUUACAGUGCUCUACCGUCUGCGAAAUUUAGCCCCAAUGGAGAGCUGUCAAGGUUGGAAGAUGCUGUUCGAAUCGGCGCACUCCAAGCGAGCAUGAAGCCAGCUCAGCGCGGUCGUCUACGUGAUACCGACCGCCAUGCGGACGAGAUGUUUUCCAGAGCCGAUUUGGAAUCUGGGAAUUUUAUUCCGACUCGGGCACAUUGCGAGGAUCGAAUGGCUUGCGCUAUUGCACUCGAAUCUGCGGACGAAUUCAAAAAAUGGUUAUCAUUGUAUAUAAAAGUAUUGUGUGUGGUGGGGCACACUGAUUUUCUCAGAGUUUUGGUGGAUAUCUUAAUGAACGAACCCAAGGACAAACGAGAAACGAUUCCUGAUGGCAUGUGCUGGUGGAUGUCGAUCGCCCCUACAGUGUUAUUCCCGAGAUGA